AUGAGCGCCUAUCUACCCUUCCAGCCCACGAGCAUGGUCCACUUUAGUCCCACUGGAAUGGGCCACAGCCUCUCAAGCGUUCCAAGUCAUAGCGACGGACCGCCCCCAGCAGGACAAACAGGCGCAGGCGCCUUCCUCUCGCCGUCGUCCAGCACGUGUCUCAUUUGUUAUAACGCACACGCAGACGUGCUGCUCGAGCCAUGUCAUCACCAGUUCCACGCGCGCUGCAUUGAGCACGCGCUGGCCAAGGACAAUGCCUGUCCGACGUGCUGGACGCCUGUUCGGACGCCACGGAGGCUGUUGACCCAGCAGCAGCAGCAGCAGCACUAUAGGGCUCAGCUGUCCAUGCAGCAGCGGGGUGGACUCUCUCACGGUAAUGGCAGUUACUCGGUGGAUUCGAAGACACACGUGCUGGAAAAUGGAAGCAGUGAAGUAACGCUACCGUCGCCGUCUCAUUCGACUUCGAAUAGUAGUAGUGGUAGUAGUGGUAGUACUACUACUAGUACUACUAUUGCUAGUGCUACCGACUCGAGCGGGCAGACGGUGCGGACUGGUGGUGGUGGUAGUGCCGUGCCGGUGGCGGUGAUGCGAAAGGGCAAGUGGACGGCGGAAGAGAGCGCGUAUUGUGACCGAUUGAUUGAAGAGUUCAAAAAAGGCAACUUGCCGCUGGCAGAAGGGACAACGUUGCGCACGUUUUUGUCCAAGUUGUUGCAUUGUGACCCCAUGCGGAUUUCGAAAAAGUAUACAGGCGACCAAUGUAUUGGCAAGAUUAUUUUCCGUCGACGGGAGGACGAAGUGGUCAAGGACGAUGUCGAGGCAAUUCGCAAGGAACUGGCGGAGCUGGAAAAGACGUAUUUGGAACGGGAGCAGUAUAACCAGCGACGACGGGAGAAACGACUCGAGUCGGAGCUGUCUCGUGAUAAAAACCGCUUUGCUGCCGCCAGAGCCAUGGGAUACGCACCAACAGCAGUCUCAGGCGCUGCAACUGGCGGCCGGUCGCCCCAUACACCGUUACCGCAACAAUUGCAACAUCAAGUACAACAGCGACAAGAUGGGGGUGGCUUUUCGCCUGGUUCUGUCCAGUCGAUGAGUCAGCACGAUACGCGACCGAUACUUCUGCAAGAGCCACUUACUGGAGGAUACGGCCCCCUCGGUCGAGGAGGAGGUCUCCUGCCCGUCCAGCCACCGCUUCAUCCUCCGCAACAGCCGACUCAUACUGCCUCGUCUCAUUUAUUUACUACUGACCAUAGCAGCAUGGCACUGCUGGGCAUUGCAGGCGCGCCAGCUGCUCAAAGUCAAGGCCAUGGACAUGCUCAAGACUCGAGACCAUCUGGUGGUAGCAACCCGUCCAUGGACGGCAGCUCAACUGACGCGUUUCCUCGCGUCUCGUCCAUCGACAGUUUCUCGUGCUUGUUCCCUCGCGUGGCCAGCAUUGACAAUUUCCAACACGCGGCGUCAUCAGGGUUCGGGGUCCUCACGUCCAGCGGCUCGUACGCGUUAACGACGGAGCCUCUAACGUCAACAAGCAGCGGGUUUGACACGCCGUCGCCUGGGCUGCCAAAGCCGCUGUCUAUUGGCGAGAGCUUGAACACUUAUUUCCCACGUAUCCAGUCGCUCGAGCAGCUGUCGCAUCUGCUGCAGGAUCACGGUCCCAGUAGUCCCCGUGGGGCUAUGACGGCUUUAAACUCACGCGAGGCAAUGGAAAAGAAGGCAGAAGACACUGCGAAACAGCAGCAUACCGAGGAGAGUGCCGUCUCGGGGAGCAGUCGAAGAAACAGUGGCGAGAAGGAGGGACGUGAGGAGCAGCACCGGGAUGAUGACCGGGUCAAGACCGAGCCAAGUGCUUGUGUCAGCAGCGAUUCUUCUAGCUCCAGUGUCGAGUCGGCUGCAGCUAUUGGAGGCACGAGCAGCGCUGCGAGCUCUGGAGGGACGAAACGGCUGAGUCCUAGUCACAACGCUUCAGCUUCGUCUGAAUUGGGGAACCAGAUCCAGAUCCCGAAACCGCUGAAUAAAAUGCCGCGGAGCUCGUCGGGGAUCUUCCCGCGCGUGCCGUCGAUGGACAAAAUGUCUCAGACUGCCUCUGUUGAUAAACUCCCUCGUGUCGCUUCGCUGGAGAAACUACCGCGGAUUCCAUCGAUGGAUAAACUCCAUUCAGUGGGCGGUAGCGAGCAACGGAUUCCAAGGGUUCCUUCGAGUGACAUGAUGGCGCGUGUGCCGAGCUCCGAUAUGCUGUCGCGCUUUGGCUCAAGCGACCAUCUCAGCAGCUUUCCGUCGUUUUCAAACUUGAGCGCACUUUCAUCGAGUGCUUCGUACGACAAGUUGAGCUCGCUGGGUGGGUUCAAGUCGGGCUUUCCGCGUAACUCGUCGAUCGAGGACAUUUUGUCUCUCGUUGCGUCGUCCGAGUCGACAGGUCUGUCAUCGAAUGGCUCGGCCUUGCAGUUGAGCGCACUGGCUGCAGUUGCUGGCGAGGAGUCAUCCCACCUUGCUAAUGAACGGAAACGGCGGCUGGAGAGCUCGCAGCAGGACACGCCGCUGACGGCUGACAAUAAGAAGAGCAAGUUGUCGGCCUGA